AUGUAUUCUCAGUUAGUUUUAUUAAUUUGUUUCGUCGGUGGCAUAAAGACAGUUUUCGUCGAUCCCAACGAAGGACCAUAUGCAGGAGAAGAUGGUGCAUGGAAAACAAUAAAAACUUAUCAUCCGCCGAGUCCAAUCUAUAAAUACGAAACCUAUAGAUAUCCGAAAUAUGAAUUCGAAUAUUCAGUGUCAGACAAAAAGACUGGGGACCACAAAACUCAUCGUGAGUCGCGUGACGGAGAUCGUGUUCGUGGUGAAUACAGCCUUGUCGAACCUGAUGGUUCGCUGCGGAAGGUGGAAUACGAUGCUGAUGACCAUAACGGUUUCAGCGCUGUUGUAAGUAAAGGUGUACAUAAGCACGGUGACCACGCAUACUCAGUUUUUGGUCACACCAGACACUUUUACCCUAUCGGACAUGGCAUCAAGAUCAAUCACUAUUUCCCAGAAAAGAACACCGCAAAAGACGUUAGCUUUGAUAACACUGAUAAAGGAAAGCCUGUUCAAGAAAAUGUACAGGAUUCCGUUGGUUUUCAAAAGAGUGCCACUAAGACUGAUGUUGAAACAUCAGAUAAAGAAAUUACUUUAAAACCAGAAAAUGCUGAAAAUGUUGGAAAAUCAAAUGCCGAGAGACUUAUUCAAAAGGAUUUAGUCGCAGUGGUCGAUUCGACAACUCCUUUGAUUAUUGAAAAUGAGAAAUCACUUGAAGGAAGCACAGAAGAGAUCAAUACUGUAACAACUGAAACUUCCGUAAUUGAUGCUAUGAAAGGGGAAGAGAUAAUAAAAAAAGAUGACCCCAGUCCCGACAACGAAGUAGCUUCGUCACACUACCAUAUGUUUUAUUACGUUUAUUGA